AGGUCAAGUGAAAAUGCAGUCAAGAUUAGAAGAAGAGGAGGAUGCCAAGGCUGCUCUUAUGAGUAGGAUUCAGAGGCUAACCAAACUCAUUUUGGUUUCUUCAAAGAAUGCAAUUCCUGGAUAUCUGACUGAAGCUCCUAACCACCAGCGAAGUCACUCUUUUGGCGAGGAAGAUAAACUUGAUGCCUUUCGGGAUGGUAUGUUGAUUGAAAGUGAAAGUAAAAAAGAUACUUCUACAGUGUUAUCACAUCUGUUUCAUGAUGGUAGACAUAAAAGAUCAUCAAGUAGAUGGAAUGAUGAAUUCUCCCCAACUAGCAGUGCUAUUACUGAAUCAACACAAGCUGGUGAUCAGCAAAACAAAUCUGGCAGCAAUUGAGAACUUAGAACGUGAAAUCCAAGAAAAAAGGAAGCAAAUGAGGUUGUUAGAGCAAAGAUUAACGGAGACUGGUGAAUCAUCUAUGGCUAAUUCAUCACUAGUUGAAAUGCAGCAGUCUAGUGGUAGUGGCAGAGAAAGUGGCACACAAAUCCAGAAAUUUGUGAAAUCAAAGAGUCAUGAAAAGUUUGAUAGCAAUUCGGGAAGUAAUGAUGAGCAAGAUAAUGAAAGUGUAGGCUUAAAUAAUGGGGAUGGAAAUGACAAUGGCAGUGGCACUCACGUAUAAAUUUUAUAUACGUAAUAUUUUGUUGGAAAAUCCCAUGCAUAUACUAUGUUAGGAAGAAUGUA